GACGACGACAAAGAUUACAGGAGUCAACUGAUCGCGCUGACACCUACCUGUCCGAAUACCCUCAAUUGCCUAAAGUCCAUCGAUGUUGCUUGCAAGUCUCCGCCCUACCUCAGUUGCGAUCGCUUCAGACGUCGAUGAUUUAAUCUCCCAACUUUAUCGCAACUGAACCCUGAGGACACCCUAAUUGUUGUUAUCUUCGGAUCUUCAACCCGGUUGGAACUUGGCCAGGACCUGAACCUCGAACCCAUCCACGCGGCUCGAGGCCACCGAACAGAUGCACGCCAUAAGCCAAAAAUGUCGCCCGAAGCAUCAGGUUUUGGUCUUGAAAUGCUAUCCAAGAAUUACGAAGGGCGCCGUUGACGUCAAGCCAAAUUCCAGCGAGUUGAGCUAUCUCUCAUAUUACGCAACAACACGGCGCAGCAAGGUACAAAAAGUUGGAGCUUUCCUGGAGACCAAGACAGCUAGUGAUGUCUGGAGAGCGCGCAUAGGGAAUGUCCAAGUAACCUUACAAAUACUGGAGGCGUUGAUCGAGAAAACUCCUCGCGACCUCCCCCUAUACGCGCGAUAUGUCUUGAAGAUUCUCCAUCUUAUCCUGAAGUCUGGCGAUAUUACGAUGGUCGAAGCUUCCAUACCAACAUUUGAAGCUUUCUGUGAGCAUCAUGAUGGCGCCUCGUUGUCGGCAGACCAGGAAUACCUCAGACACUACGAAGAUAUAGUCAGAACUUAUGCAUCAUUUGCAUCAACCCGCCCUAAGCCACCGCCAAUAGUUUCAGCGAGUGCGCCCAUGGCGAUGAGGUGGAGAGUUGCUGGCCUACGCGCACUUAAAAGUGUUGUUUCCUCACAAGCUCUGGGAUCCGUGGCUGGGAGACAACUUGGUGUCAUUAUGCCCGUACUUCUCGAGAAUUUGUGGACCGAUAACCCAGAGUAUCUCGACACUCUGCUCAGUAGGGCUUAUUUAGAAGAGAGGGUCAGUUCUGAGAAGCUCCUACCACGACGAGGAAGUAUUGCGACUGUAAGAACUGUGGAAACAACAACAGACGUAAACCCAAUAGCACUUUCUGGUACUACAGCCGAUGCCGACAAACUCGCCGAGGAGGACAUUGGUGUUCUGGCCAUCCAGUGUUUGAAGCAGAUCUUUGAGGUCAACAGCAGAUCUCAAAUUCGAAGUGGAACUCUCGCAACACUGAGCUUCAUUUCGGAUAGAGUCAUCCAAGGCGAAGUCCUGAUCGACCAACAAUAUCCAUACAGUGAAGACCGUGGAUGGGCAACCACUGUAUUUCUCAUGUUUGCUAGGUGGACGCCCGUACAAGAGCGAUACACGAUACUCGUCACAGCCAUGGAUGCUCUUGUCAGAAGCCCCUUGAACGAAAACAGUGCGCCACAAGAACUUGUCCUUGCUACGAUGAUAGGCUCGUUACUGCGCUCCGAUAUCAAUUUAAUAGGUCUCAGCGUUAUGGACGUUUUACUCGGUCUUAUACAGCAUGUUCUUCAGUUGCUCCACUUAGGCAAGGCAAAGUCUCCUAUUCAGUCUACAAAUGGAGGAGGUCUUGACGGCAGGUCAUCGAAACAGACACUACCAACUACGAGUUCCGAUAGAGUGGCCGCGGACGGCGUGCCGAACGCGCCUUCUCGAGUUCAGAUAGAUCUUUUGCGUGUUCUUGAACGCUGCAUUGGAGAUUUGGCGACCCAUGUCUACUAUGCUGAUCAAAUAUCGGAUAUGAUCUCAGCUUUGUUGCUUCGUUUAAAGCCGUUACCAGUAUCAGUUACACCAACUGAUGGAGCAACCGUCGAGGAUGCAGAAGGUACCUCAAGUCUUGUUGCUGCGGCGGCAAAUAUUGUUGAGGAUGGCAGAAUCGAUGGAUUCUUUUCUUUCGACACGGCGAAGCUAUCUGCAUUGACAGCCGUCAAAAGCAUCCUCACCGUGGCCACCAAACGAUCGAAGAUAGCCGAAAGUACUCUUGGUAGAACCAGAGUCGGACUUGGCGUGUGGGAGUCUACGCAAUGGCUCUUACGUGAUAGUGAUGGGCUGGUGCGACUUGCAUAUGCUGAUGCCUUUCUGACAUGGCUGGACCGGGAGGCGAGUAGCGAAGAGCUUACUGCCUUGGACGAGAAAUCACCCCCCCACACCCAUCACAAGGGUAUUAUGCGAACCUCUGGCGACGAUUCUACCGACAACAUGGCAAGGCGUGCAGUUUCUGCUACGUCGCAUAGGGAAAGGGCAGCAAAGCUUCAGCAGACGAACGUCAUUGAGCUUCUCCACCUCGCAAUAUACGAAAAUGCACUCCAGUAUACGGAUUCUGAACCAGAUAUUGGCUUGCUGCACUUACUUCUUGUCAAACUGGUUGACAAGCUGGGCAUGAAUGCUGUUAAGAGCGGACUACCUAUGAUUUUCCGCCUCCAGGAAGAUAUCCAAGACGCCGAAACGCUUGCUAAGGUGCGCAUGGGUAGUCUCUGCCAUGGCUAUUUCUGGGCAUUGAGCGAAAAAUUCGAUUUGAGAUCGUCUGGAAUUGGAAUGGAGAUUUACGAUGAGAUAUUCCGCCGCCAAAGCAAGGGCUUCUGGGCCAAGAUAAUCCAAAUGCCUCCUGUGCCACUGCCGGAGCUUGGUAUCCCAGGGACGAUAUCGCCACAUCAAGGUCUACCUACGCAUGAACUCGAGUCCGAAUCCCUUACUCCAUUUGAUGAUCGGGAAACACUGGUCGAGCUGAUUGAAGUGUCUUAUUCCCAAGCAUCUGCAGCAGCGACUAGUCCAGUCUCGUCGCCCAACCGAAGCUUCAAUCAUCCAAUUCUAAGUCAACCCCAGGAAGUCCAAAGCCCCGUCGCUACUAUCCCAGAAGCUGUCAAGGAGGAGAUGCUAUCUGAAUGGAGCAAAGAAGCUGUUCUUGCUUCAAGAAUUACUGGCAGCAAAUCCGUAUCUCUCAGUGGAUCUAGAUCUGGAACGAAUGCUACUGGACAGGCUCGAAACUACCUCACAGUUAACGGCAAUGGUGGAGCCCUGUCAACUCAUAGCUUGCACCAACAACGUAGCAGGCCGCCUUCCCAGGCAUACGGGAUCAUAGGUGGACUGUCUGCGAUAUCAAAACUACGCCAAAGCACCGGCCCGGAUCGCACUCCAAGUGAUUCAAGCAAGAACUCCAUAACUCGUGUUGACCAUCUGAAGAGAGUCCUGUCUGGCCAAGCGCCACCAUCAAGAGGCGUCGGUACUAUUCACAACGACUCAAGCAGUGAGAGUAUGCUGAGCUACGACGCAUCUCCUUCGGAGUUUUCUUACGACAAUCGUGGCCCCAUAGCCGACAGGGGACGGAAGCCCUCAAACGAGAUUCCACGAUCGAAGUCUCAGGAGAGGACCAUUGCCAAUGAGGGUUUUAAGCCACUGAGGUCUCACCCUGUCCAGUCCGACUCUGUGCCCGCAUACGGUGAUGGAAGUGCGAGGGAGGCAGAUGAGGAGGAGGUCCCACCGGUACCUCCAUUGCCCGCGUCUUUGACCAUCGGUGGCAGUCCAACAGGCGACGAGGACCGGUCGAGGAACCUAAAAACUCGAGCUCAAGAAAUAUCGCUUGGGGACUAUCUGCAAAACGGACGGAGUGAGAGUCGCGGCCGGCGUACCCAGGAAGGACCUCAGAGUAUAGAAAAUGGAAAGCAGGGUCGCGAAGCCAGUCCAGGUCUGAACCUCGAGUUAUUGUUGAAGGGUAUCACCACUGGGAAUGACAAACGCCAGGACCCAGGGAUGGUAGAGCCUCCGUAUUGAUCUGGUUAUGGCGCAGGAAGCUGUUGAAUGUAGAUUAGUAUUAUUGUAUUUUGAGCGAAGCCAGCGCGCUGUGCUGUCUUGCCAGUUCUAUUUUUUUCAGUCAAGAAGGUUCUCUGGGCGCGCAUAGAGAGCAUUUAAAAAGAAGUGUAAGAUAGGGGUAAUCUUAAGCCGUUACUAUUAUCACAUGCUUGUCCCGGUGCCUGGGUUUUGUUGAGAGCGGCUGUGUAAAUAAGAGUCAAGGUUCAAGGUUCGCGAUGCUUGAAUGGUUAAUGGAGAACGGCGGGGUUACAUCACUAAUCACUGGGGUGUCCUGGGGUUCUAAUUCCGGGGCAACCACAGUUCCGAGUGGUUGGUUGGCUUCUGGAACAAUGCCUCGGCACGUUUGACGGCCUUGGCACUCAAAGCAACCGACCCAUAGUGGUGGUUUCGGAUGAGAAAAGAUGCA